UUCGGGAAUUGUAUAAUAAAUGGGGAGGGAUCCCUCGGUAUGUCUUAUUUCAUGCUCUCGAUUCUAUCCAGCAAAGUCUUCUGAAGAACGCAAUUAAUUUAGUCGAUUAUAAGAUAUUGAAUUUUGUUGGUGAAAUCACCGAUGGCAACAAUGGCAGUAGCACAACUCACCAACUCGUUCACAUAUGUACAAACGUACCAGAAGGAGAGGAAGAUGAGGAGGUUGAGUUUGGAUUACCUUCUACGUCAACGGUUCCUACAGUAACUAAACCAGAUAAAAGGAAAGGUGUUGCAGGGAGAUAUUAUGAAGGGGUACCAUUUUAUAAAAAGUGUACUCUGGAGUUUGCGUCCGAUUAUGUUUCUGAAAAGGUAGUGGAUAGACUCUCACGAAAUUACAAACAUGACUUGCAGAAUUUCGUGAAUACAAGUGAGGAUAUAAGCGAAUACAGUACACUUCGAGAUUCCAAACGAGGCAUACGCUUCAACUGGAUAAUAAAUAAUAUGGGCAAAUUAACGUUCAAUGAUAUUAAAGAGAUCGCUUCUAAAAUCCAUCCGAUCAUCAAGAGUGGUUUGGAAGAAUAUAUUGAAAAAAUUGAUCAAGACGAUGAUAUCAAAUUUUAUUUUGUCAUGCCAAAGGAAAUAUAUCAUACUUAUAAAGAGCAGGUUCUUUACACUACAAAGAGAACUGUUGUCAAGAACAAACCGGCUUGGUUUAAUCGCUUCAAACAAUAUGCACUAGAACUUAACCUGAAAUUGUAG